GGUUGUGAAAAUGUGUACAAUAGCCACUAAGAAUGCAGGUAGAAGAGUGGAGUCAUUAGUAGUGAAGCCUCCAGCACACCCAACUUAUGAUUUAAAGGGUGUUAUUCAACUUGCCCUUUCUGAAGAUGCUGGGGAUUUAGGCAAUGGCAGAUGCUGGACACCCUGCUUACAUCUUGGAGACUAGGAAAACGGCUCCAGGAUUACGUUUGGUGGAUAAAUGGGCGGUAUUAAUCGGUGGGGGCAAGAAUCACAGAAUGGGAUUGUUUGAUAUGGUGAUGAUAAAAGAAAAUCACAUAUCUGCUGCUGGAGGUGUCAACAAAGCUCUAAAAUCUGUCGAUCAGUAUUUGGAGCAAAAUAAUCUUCAAAUGGGGGUUGAGGUUGAGACCCGGACUCUUGCAGAAGUACGUGAGGUUCUAGAAUAUGCAUCUCAAACAAAGACUUCAUUGACUAGGAUAAUGCUGGACAAUAUGGUUAUUCCAUUAUCUAAUGGGGAUGUUGAGGUAUCCAUGCUUACGGAGGCUGUAGAUUUGAUCGGUGGGAGGUAUGAGACGGGGGCUUCAGGAAAUGUUACCCUUGAAACAGUCAAUGCGAUUGGACAAACUGGUGUUACCUACAUUUCUAGUGGUGCCCUAACGCAUUCUGUGAAAGCACUUGACAUUUCCCUGAAAAUCGACACUGAGCUCGCCCUUGAAGUUGGACGACGUACAAAACGAGCAUGACCACCAUUUAUUUAUACUUUGUUGUAAACUCAAAAGAGUUGUAGCAGCAGAAUAGCACAAAGUGCAAAUAAGAAUCAUCAUUCUAAUGCCAAAGUAACCACUGUUUAAUCAGACAAAAAGAUGAAAGUUUUUGGAAUGUCUUGGCGGCUUUCUUCCAAUGUAACUGCUUGCGUUGGUAUCUCACUAUAGCUUGCUUUCAUAUUUCAUGACUUUGAUACAAUGAGGACACUUGAUUUAAAAGCUUGGUGUAUGUGAAGUUAUGUAAAGUUGGGAUUUUCUUUAGAGGAACAACACACAAGGCUACUGAUGUAUGGCAAGGGUGGUAGAUGGAUGUGAAAAAAAAAAAAAAAAUCAGAAAGGACCUCUUGUGCACUAGCGAUAAAGUUGUUUUAGUUGGUCUCCAAAUAUUGUUUUGCUUCUAUUGAACUUUCUUCAGAUCUCUGGAUUGCGAACUUCUUUGAAGCAGGAGCGACGUGCAGCAUCUUCUUCCCGUUGUAAUGGGAGAGUCCUCCUCGAGCUCAGGCACUUCAACACUUGAUAAAACAGAUAGCUUUAAAGGUCUCUAGACCCGCAAACACGACAUGGAGGAGAAUUUUUAUUUUGUGAGUCACAUAACCAACAUCACUUAUGUGAGUCUAGUUUAUUACUAUUUGACAAAUGGACUCAUGGGUCCCACAAGCUUGUUUUUAAGUA